CAUUGCUGCAUGCUCUCAAGAUAUCCCAGAGAGGAUCCACAGAGCAUACAAAUAUCUUCAGUGUUUUGCCAGAAACCUAUAACCCUACGAACAGGCACGAUUCAGCAUAUUUCUGUGCGAGGAAACAUGUGAUAGUUGUCUCUAGUCGUGGGUUCAGGAAUGUAGAGGGGGCAAAGGGCACCCUCAAGAGAAACGUGCUGGUGAGGUCCGGCGAGGAAUCGGUCAAUCUUGUGUCUAUGCCUGGAGCAUUGCGCAAUGCGCACGAGGAGGUGGAGACAGGUGGAGACGGUACCGCGCAAAAUCCGCAGUCGAGGAUGACGGAGGUGGGUCACAACAACAGCAACGGCAGUAUGGAGAGCGCAGUCAGCGCCAACGGUGCUCAGGAGGUGGGAGGUGAAGAGGUCAGGAGGCGGCGGCAAGCGUUUGUCAUGAACGGCACGAAAGCUCACGAGCAACGGUUGCGGCGGAUGGAGAUCCAGCUUGGGCGGGCCCGCUUGCUGGCGCAGCCCUGGGAGGAGUCAAGGCACCGUGUGGUGCACGUGCUGACGGCAGGAGCCAAUGACGGCACCACCACUUCCGGUCAGACGCCAUCACCGGAAGUCACGUGGUCACGCAACCAGGCCGUUCUUGACCUGCAUCCCCUCUCCGGAGGGACGUUCAAAGGAAGUCUUGCCAACGAUACAAAGGAUGAGUGGGGUGCGAUGAGUCGGGUGAGCUUCUUGUCGCCCGUUAGCCUCGUGCCAAGGACAGACUCGCAGGAAGACCCACUCGACUUGUUGCCUGCGACGUCGAAUCAAACGCUGCUUUCGCCAAUAAAUGAGGAGUGCAGCACGCCCUCCUCCAGCUGCAGCUGUCAGAGAUGUGAGACGUGCCCCUGGAGGAACGUUGGUUUGACCUCGCCUGUCACCCCAGUCAGCUCCAGCGGCUACGGUUCGAUCUUGACUGCUAGCAUGGACAGUCUGCUUAAUGAAUCUAGUGAUGGCAGGACUAAUGGCUCAAACAGUGAUGGAAAUUCAACAGUUGGUGCUGCUGCUGGAUCUAGCAGCCUUGGCAUUCAACAGAAUGGCAUGAAUUUUGCAGAUAACAUGGAUGAAGUCUUUAAGACAGCCCAGCAGAAAUUAGCUGUUGCUUUGAGAGAUUUAGGAAUGAACAGAGACAGAUCCUCUGAACCUAGAGAUAAAACAAGUGCCUUGUCUCAUGUUGCUGAGCCAUGCACAUUAGUGAUACCCACAGAAACAGAGAAAUCCAUGUUGAACACAGCCUGGACUCCUGCACAUAAUGCAGAUGUGUCACAUGUAUGUGAGAAGUCUUCUUGCAAGGAAAUCAGGGGAGCAAAUUGUGUUUUAAGAAAAGAUCUCAUCCAGAAUUUUCUUCAAAAAGACAAGGAAGCUGGUUUACAGAAGUCAGUGUUUUGUGAUGAAUGUAGUGAAGAGGAUGAAAAUAUAGUAGGAAUGUGCGAGUCACAGAGUGUGUCUGCUGCCCAGACUAUUGGUACCGAUAACCAGCGGUAUUCUGAUUCAGCUACUUCAUCAACUAGUAUUGACUGUGCACAGGUAACUUCAGCUCAACAGUCUAGUCUUCCAUUUCCUGUUGAGCUCAGUCACACAUGUUUUGAAGACUCACAAAAUACUGAUGAACUAAACAUAAGAGAAAGUUCAUAUGUGUCUACCUCACCAACUGGGAAAACCACCAUGCAGGAAAACAUUGGUCAGAACAGUGCCAACACUUUUUGUGUUCAUCAUAACACCACUGAAGAGGAAUCAGUAGUAUUUGUCACUUCACAGAAUGACAAAGGGUUUCUGAAUUUAUGGGAUACAAUAAAAGGUGACGAGGUAAUGAUUUCAGAGGAGUUGACAGAAAGAACCAUGGAUGAGCAACAGGAAGCUGAUGCUGAAAAAAGUCCACAUCUGAAUAUGAGUACCACUGUAUCUUCAAAGGUUGUCAUAGGUGGUGAUGAUGGACAUGGAGCCUUGAUGUGGUCAGACAGGGAUCACAGGUGUUCUGCUGCACAUGCUCAGGUCACCUCUGAACAGAACAAGGAAAGUGAGCAUUCACUAUUGUUGGCAGAAGCUCACAGUGUUCUUAGGAUAGAUGGUUUAUAUAAACAAAGCAACAGCAACUCUCCUAAGCUAUAUAAAGUCCCACAGGGCAUGUCACUGGACCCUUGGGAAGGAUGUCUCCAAGACAACAAACAUCAGUCCGAGCUGGGUGCGGAUCAUCCUGUGAGCUUGUUUAAACCACUGCUAGACAGAGAUUCUGACUGUUCCCAAACAGGGACAGGUAAAUUGUUGAACUGCCAUGACAGUCAGAAUAGUUGUGAUGCUGCACUUCUAGCUCACCAGCACUUAUCUAAAAACGUAGAUCCUGCCUUCAUAACACAUGGAGGGUAUGUCGGUGAACCCAAUGAGUUUCAGGGAGAAAGUGAUUCAUUUCCAGAAUACAAGUUUUCAGUCCAGACUGAUGUCCAAUUUUGUGCAGGAACUAACACUACGGAACCUGUGUCAAAGGAAUCAGCUGUACCCAGCAGCAGCGGAGCAGCUCUUUUUCCUGGAAAGGAGAAACAGAGCCAGGUCAACAAGAUCUCUUCUUUGCUGGAGAAAUGGAAUGCUUUAGAACACCAGCUUGCCCAGUCUAAUCAAAGAAAGCCACCACAAGAGUCAACAAAGCUGGCAUGCACAUCUGAGCUGCCGCCUGCUGCCUCACAAGAUGAUUCAAGCCAAGGCUUCAAAGACAAAGAUGAUCUUGCAGCAAGGGGAGACCAGGAUUGUUGCAUCCCCAUUGCUAGCUAUAGUGUGGAAGCAAUAAAACAGCAGCACCAGUUUUCAAGUGUGGUUAAUGCUGAUAAAGAUGUUUCAGCACCAGUGUCUACGGUUGAAAACACCUCCAAAUAUCAAUCAGCAUUUCCUGAUGCAUGUGCUAGAAGGGCACUGCCCCAUGUCCAAUCUCUUGUGGCUAAAUUUAGCCAUUCUCCGCCAUUUCCUUCUGCAGGUAUUGGUUCUCUAGGGAAUGAAAGACAUAUCCAACAGUCACAUAAGCUUUCAUGUCACCAUCAGGCUGAUUUGCAACAUUUGCAAAAGUCCCAUUCCAUAGACUUACAACAUAGCCAGAUGCAAACUGCACCUGCAUCACUCUCUGUAGCAACUGUCAAUGCAAGAUCAGAAAACCAGUUGGAUGCAAAAACUCCCAGCACUGCUGCUGUUGAAGUAUCACCAUUUAUGAACAUUACUCAUAGUCACAGGAUGAGGUCAACUCUAGCAGGAUCCAGAUUGGAAAAAAGUACAGACAAAAUUGCUGAAGUACAGUUAAACCACAGCUCUGAGUCUUGUGCACCUUUUGCCUCACAUUUACCUAAGGUCAGCUUUGAUCCAAGCGCCAGGCAAGCUGUAAUAUCCACGUCUUCACUGUCAUCAGAUAAUCGUGAGCUACAACUUUCUGCAGCUCAUCACCAGGUCAGUGUUUGCUCCAGUAGACAUGUUACUGCAACCAGCCAUAACACCCCCCCUGUCCGUACCUCACCCCCUUCCUAUCCUGCCCCUCCCUCGCAGACAGCACGAGCAAGGGUAGGCACUGGCCACUCCAUUGCACUGCUACGUCUCAGCCGCGGACAGCACAUCCAAUCACCAGUCUUUAAAAGGAAUGAGGAGGAGAUGAGACAAGAUGGACGAACAGUUUACAGAAGCCACGAGGAGCAGUCCUUCUCCGAAACACGAUCUGAUGGACACCCUCCUCAGCAGCUGAUUGAUUCAGGCUUUGGCAGCUCCAGUAUGAUGAGAGAUGAUUUUGGCACCUCUGGUGCCGGAGGGAUGCAGAAUGGAGACCCUUCACGUGACCCCAACGUCGCUCGCGAAGAGAGACAGCGAGAAGACUUCCACUUUUCGGAGAUGUCUUCCAUGAAAAAUCAGUUCGAGCGAGGUCCGGGCCCCACCCCAGCCCCUCGCAAGGCACUCGACGUUCGCUCCGAAGUGGCGUCUGCCGAGGGAGGGGUGUACGAGAGCCAGCCCACCACUUUCCAGCCCCAAUGGCAGGAAGAGGCCGAGGAGGGCGUGUACGAGAACGAACCCGUGCAGCGCAGCGACGUCGCCAAAGAGACGGACCGCAACAUCGCCGCCGAACUGCCUGCCGUGGGCAUGGCCCGCAACAUCCGGGAGCGCUUCCAAACGGGCAAGGUCGAAUCGCACACCCCUAAGAGAGAGGUGACUCCACCCACCGCCGUAGAAGGGGGCGUGUUCGAGAACCAGCCCAGGUACAACCCUGACGUGGUGCACUCCGGGGAAGAGCAGCAGGAGGAGUUGCCAGGACAAGGCACGGCCCGCAACCUCGCCGCAAAGUUCAAGCAGCUGGAGAAGCAAGGCAGCGUGCCGUCGCCAACCCACGGAAAGCGGGAGAUCACUCCUGACCGCACAGGCCGCGUGGAAUACGUCUCGGAGCCGCGUGGUUAUGUGGAAAAGUACGAAGGGCAGGCCGAGGCCGGAGUCUUCGAAAGCCAGCCAACCGAACGGCCGGACGUAGUCAAGUCAGACGAUCUGCUGCAGGAGGCGCUGCCCGAGCGCGGUACCGCCAAAAAUAUUGCUCAGCAGUUCCGACAGCUGUCCUCCAGUGGCGGCGGCUCCACACCGCGCAGCAAGCGGGAGAUCACCCCCGACUCCUCUGGGCAGGUGGAAUACGUCUCAGAGCCCCGCGGUCACGUAGAGACCUACGAGGGCCGUGCAGAUUCCGGCGUCUUUGAGAGUCAGCCCAUUGAUAGACCGGAUGUGGUCAAGUCAGACGAGCUCCUAGAGGAAGCCCUGCCCGAGCGAGGUGCCGCCCGCAAUAUCGCGGCCAAGUUCCGCGAGAUGGAGAGCACCCUGAAGUCGCCCCCACAGUCCCCCGCUCGCCGCAAAGAGUUCACCCCGCCUCGCGACGACACAGGUCGGACGGUGGCCGGGGUGGUGGAGAACAACCCCAUUGUCUCUCCUGACGUGGUGCACUCCGGGGAGGAGGUGCAGGAGGUCCUGCCAGAGCGUGGCACGGCCAAGAGCAUGGUCAACCGCUUCAAGCAAUUGGGCUCUUCUUCCAGCGACGGUGGUGCCGGCCAGUCCCCGCGGCCCAAGAAAGAGUUCACCCCGCCUCCUGCCGAGUGCGGCGUCUUCGAAAACAACCCACAACAGUUCGUGCCCGAUUACAACCCCCCGCCCGAGAGCGGCAUCAUCGAGAGUCACCCACAGCAGCGCGUUGACGUGGUACGCGGGGAUGAUCCACCUAACUACGAGCAGGAGCUGCCUGAGCGAGGGUUCGCCAAGAGUCUGGUGUCAGCCUGGCGUCAGCGGGAAUCUGAGACCAAGGUGUCACCCACGAGCUCGGGCAGGCCCAAGGAGUUCACUCCCCCGCGGGAGGAGCCCCGGGUGGCACAGCUGCGAACGCCCAAGUCGCCCGCGCACGGAAGACCUUUGAACGAGGGGAUCGUCCAUCCUUCCGACCUGCCUGACCAGUACCAACGGCAGGAGGAGCCUUCGGUGUUUGAAUCUGAGCCAGAGCGCCUGGAAGGGGUAGUGAGUGAGCAGGACACCGACUGGGCUGACGGCUUGCCAAAGAAGGACACCACCAAGAAAAUGCUAGCCAAGUUCAAACACAUACAGGCUGAGGCAUCCAAAGAACAGCCACGGCCAGUGCCUUCUGGCAGGAAGGGGGAGGAAGAUAACUCUAGCGAUUCUACUCCAGACAAGGUGGUUCGCAGCAAGAGCAUGCGUGUGGCCGUGCAGUUGGAGAAAUGUGGGGCCUGCGGAAAAACAGUUUACGCAAUGGAAAAGAUUGAGAUUGAGAAAAACGCAUACCACAAAGCGUGCUUUAGAUGCUCCCACUGCCAUUGCGUUCUAACGCCCAAAACAUUCGCCGUUAACAACCAUGUCAUAUUCUGCACCAACCACUACAAGCAGCUCUUCGCCACCAAGGGAAACUAUGACGAGGGUUUUGGCCGCGAUCAGCACAAGAAACGGUGGAAGAGCGAAAGUAAUCUCUCCGAAGGUCAUCCAAAAUCACCACAAUAGCCACAUCCGUCUCAUCUGCUCGUCAUGCACAUCAAGCGUAUGCUCACUGAACUUCCAUGGAACCUGAGAGCCGAGAUGUCGGUGCUGACUUUCCAUUAGCUAAGGUUAAUCCUUCAUAAAGGCAGCCACCAGAACCUGCCUUUGAGCGCCAGCCAUAAUUUUGUACUAACACGCUGAGCGAUUCCAGUAUGUGGGAACUCCCUUUCAGUUGAAAAGGAGACAUACCUUUAUACAUAUAAAACUAGCUGUAAUGGACAGCCUAUGUGAAGGAUAUUCCCUAAGAUGCCAACAUAGAAAUUGUAAAUGACUCCUUGAUAGUGCAUGCAUGCGUUGUCUAAAAUUCUGCAGUUGACUAUGGAAUGAAACAUAGUUCUAACAAAAAACAAAUUGUAACUAAAAAAAAAAAUUUUUGAAUGGGCGAAAAAAAAAAUUAAGAAAUACUCAUACACUGGGGUUAGCGGGAAAGAAGUGUCUGUGUUGAUUGUGGAGAGGUAGCUUCCAUCACUGGAUGAAGGGAAGAGCUUCCAACAUGUGGGUCAGUUUCACUGAAUUUCGAAACAUGGAGCUGGAGAUUUCCUUCCAAAAAAAAGGUUCCAUGGCUAGCACUAGCACUUUAUGCAUUAUUUUUCUUGCUUCUUGUCGCUAGACAUUAUUUGUACUUGAUGCUUUCAUAUGCUCUCAUAACAACAGCUUUUAAAGACACUUUUUUUUUUACAUUGAAGAUUUUAAUUAUGUAUGUAAUGUUCUUAUGUAUGCAAGGAGACUGGCAAGUAAGCUUUGCAGUUCUGCUGAUUGCAACGUACCAGUGAAAUUCAGGGAUAAAUCUUUUGGGCUAGGCUGGGAAGAUAUCAAUGUAAUUUCUCAAUGCUGUCCAGAUAGGGGGGAAGGGUUUAUGCUGGUUGCUCUGUGUUCAAGUAUUUUCAGUUCAAACGUUUACUGAAGUCUGCACAAAAUACAUGUGCAAUAUAAGCAUGCAUCAUUGAGUGUUCUGUAAUGUUGAACACAUUUCAUUGAAUCUGUCUUGCUAGUUUUCCAGUAAUGUGCUAGCUUCACUGGGAGAACUUGGGGAAUUUAUAAUGUGGAAUUCAAAACCAGUACGAAAAACUUGGGUACAAUAAUAGCUAUUCUCCCUCACAGAACUUUGCCACUGGUGUUGAAACUGUAGGUAGCAGUAGCUUUGCCUUCUCUAGUUGUGUGUAUCUUAAUCUAGAAUAGUACACUGCUUUUUUAUUUUUGACCAUGAUCAUUCAUUAAUUUUCCCUUGUACAUUUUCGUGUUUGUAUUUAUUCUUGAUAUAAGCUUAUAGUCUUUCUUGCCAUCUCCCACAUGGUCUAAAUAGGAUUUAUUUUAUGUUUGUGCUAAGGAAAGGAAAAGCAAUGAACUCUGGGGAAAUGAUGGUGAUGUAAAAGGACAUAUGCAAGAAGCUGAGAGAUGACUUUGUUGCUCAAAUAUUUCAUUUGAAGUCAACUUUUGUAUUCUAUAAUUGCAUGAUAAUUUGAAGAAGUCAUGCUAUACUAUGUGCAUAAUGAUGAAGUUACAUAGUUUGACAUUUCAGUGGCUAAACAUGAACAUAGUUGCAGAUACUAUUUUUUUGAAUGAACCAAAUGAUCGUGACAUAAUAAGAAUUCCAUAUUUGUUUGGAUAUUAUAUAGUUUCUUUAUCUUCUUUUCCUAGAUCAGUACUUGUGGUUGUACAUCAUAACUGCUGCUUUUUCUAGCUUUACAUUACUGAGUAGCAAUAUGUAUCUUUAAGGUCUCUUUCUGGCUAGUGUUGGUUUGAACACCAAAUCACAUACUCAGGUAAUGCUUUUUAAAUUUUUGUUUUGUAAACCACCCCCCUUUUUUGCACACCGAGUAAAUAAGAUGUCCGAUCCAUUAUUAAUGAUGUUAGUAAGUAAAAGAAGUUCAGUAAUUGUGCUGAGAAAAGGUAUUUGAUGAUGUAUCCAGAUAACAUUGAUUGCAUAUAGAAGCAUACCUCUUAAAUAUAUAUUUUUUUAACAAUUCAAAAGUGGUAUAAUUUAAACAUCUAGACUGUUGUUUUUUCUAUGUCACUCCCCCACACACAACUCAGAAAGACUGCUUAUUUCAUUUGAAUUUUAAUAUUUCACAAUUAAAAUCUAGCACCAGUUGGAAAAUGGAAGUGCCCAUGUUUACUUGGGAACAGAAGAUAUUCCAAAGUUUUGGAACUGAAUUUACUGCACAAGUGAAAGAGGAGGUUAUUUGCAUUUAAAAACUCCAAGUAUGCAUGUGUUUGACUGAAAGGAAUGAAAAGGGGUACACUGCUAAUUGAUAUUUCAGUGUACUAUUUAGAUUGCCUCAAGGAGAGGUAAUCACCAGUGGCUUCCAAUUUAGAUGAGAUAUCCACCUUUAGUUGAAGUGUAAAUGAGAAAAAUCUUUUAACAGCAUUGAGACUUUAUCAAAAUAGAUAAUGAGAACACUAGGCCAAAAAUGAACAAGCAAUAUUUUUUUCAUCUGUGUUUUAAUACUUCAUACUUAUGUAAUCUUUAUGUGGGAUUAAUCAUCUUUUGCAUCUUAAGAGACAUCCCAACUCUUGAUCAUUUCUUUUUUUGUCAGAUCAUGUCUCUCAGACAUGUUUUCUGUACUAUAUUGAAUCAAAUUGCUGUUUUUUGUUUUGUUUUGUGUUUUUUUUGUCAGUACUGCCAGUUCUGGAAAUCUAAUUAUGUAUGUUGCAUUCAUAUGGCUUUUUUUGUAAACAAGUUAUAUGUGUUAAUUUGCUUUUGUAUACAUGUUGCUUUGAGAAUAAAAACCAAACUUUAAGACCUACACUGAAGAAAGAUCAAAUGACUAAGAAGUUGAGCUGAUGAACAUGCAAAUGCUGUAUCUUUACAUUGGAUAGAAUCUUCGAUCAUCUUGAUCAUAUAGGAAUGUCUGUGUAGAACAUUGCUGUAUGUUUUUUCACCCUGUAUUUAGACAUGGCUUUGCUUUUCAGUACUUUGCUGAAAGCCAGCAUCUCAUUAAGCAGCGAGUUAAUGAUAGUGAUCUUAUUCAAGAGGAAUUGUACAUGCAGAGAUUGAAUAUUUUUGAUCUGAGAAAACGAUGGAACUUUCCAUGUCAAGAGAAUGAAAGGGAGAAGACUUUUGUACAAAAGUAUUGACUAAUUUGUUGCACUUAAAGUUAAGAGAUAUUGAAACUUGCAUGUCACAGCAAAAAUUGUUUCAAAGUUAGUGUUAGUUAUCCUGGGGGCAGAGACCUUGUACAUCAUUUUGUGCAUAGCUGAUGGCUUCACACUGGGUCUUCGUGCUUUUUCAGCAAGAAGUAUGCUCUUCGUUUGGAUUGCUCUGUGUCGGCUGAUGAGGACAAAACUUGUAUACUGUCAGUACUGCAAUAAACCUCAUUCAGCUUCUA